AUGCUAUCUGAACCUGUCGAAUCUCACGCCACCAAUGACUGUCUGACUUUUUCGCUGAUGCGGUCUCCUGCGAAUGCCUUUGUCAGAAAAGCAGCGGUUCAUAGUGAGCAGUAUUCGAAAUUCAAGCAUUCCUUCGAUGCUAGAAAGUUAUGUCAAGCGAAAGACAUUCCGCGAAUGCUGUCUGGACGCUCUUCAAAAAUUAGAACGAUAAGCGAAAGCGUGAUGUUGAUGCUUGCUUUGCUGAUCGCCGUUAGAUUCGUGCCCAAACCCGCUAGAAAUUUGGAAACGAUUGUUACUCUCCUUCGGAAACUGAUGUGUGACAGUCUUGUUCGAUGCGGCUCAGCGAUUCUUCUCGACAUGAUGAUUUUCGAAACAAUUUUGCGAAACUCCAAACGAACGAAAUGGGUGACUUUGAUGCUUUUUUGGAAGUUUAUGGGUGCAGUUGCUAAUUCAUGGAUUAACACUGUGCGGUCAUCUCCUCUCCAAACCAUCAUGCGCACUCGAUAUUUUGUCAUCUGUUUAAAGAAGCUAUUUGCGGAUCACCUCGAUGUUUACUUUUGGAUGGAUCAUUGGUAG